AUGCGCUGCCUGCUUGUCGCGGUCGUCGUCGCCGCUAGCUGCUGCUGGCCGAGCACCGACGCACGCACGCAGGUCCUCGUCAUCGGCGGCACGGGCAACCUCGCGCAGAAAUACCUCUGGCCUGCGUUCGAGGCUCUCCACGCCCGCCACGACAUCGAGCUCUGGGCGGCGGGCACGGACCCGCCGGCUGUCGCUGCGCAGCGCCUCGCCUCGAUCCGGCCGCCGUCGCUUCCUCUACACUACGCGCAGCUGUCGACGGCCGCCGACUACGCGGCGCUCGCGGCCCGACCCGAGUGGCACCAGGACGCCGGCCUUGUUGUCUACCUUGCGAUCCCGCCCACGUAUUUCCAAGCCACGUGUGCGUUCAUCCACGCGCACCUGUGCCACGCCGGGCGCCCGUGGCUGCGCGUCGUGAUCGAGAAGCCAUUCGGUCGCGACGUGGCGAGCGCGCGUGCGCUGGCAGCAGCGCUUGCCAUCGACUUUGACGCGUCAGAGCUGUUUUUGAUCGACCACUACCUCGGCAAGGCGAGCGUCCGCGGGCUCGACGCCUUUGUCAGCGCCAACGCCCACUGGUGGUCGCUUCGCGCCGCGUCGCACCUUGGUAUCCACAUGCGCGAGACCGAGACGUGUGAGGGUCGCACAGCGUUUUUCAACAGCGUCGGUAUUGUGCGCGACGUGAUGGUCAACCACUUGACCGUGCUGCUCUUGCACGCUGCGGGGGCGUCCACCGAGGACGACCGACGGGCCGUGACGCAGUCGCUCAUGCUCCAAGAGGUGGUCCAUGGGCAGUACGAGUCGUACGUGCGACACGCCAAUAUGACGCAAUCGACGACGGCGACCGCGGCCGCUGUCCACUUUGCCCAUGCACCGUCCACCUCGAUCGGGAUUUCAGCGGCCAAGGCCGUCGCCGACCGGUCGACGACCAUGACGUGGCACGCGCGAGACGUGCCCAACUGUAUCGUGCGCAUCGUGCUUCAGAAGGGUCGUGACGAAGGCAUCGUCAUCGACGUGUGUGCCGACAUUGCGCCACAGGUCAAGCUCCCGAUCGGGUGGGUCUGGUUGUCGCCGAUGCGGCUUGCGCCGGCGUCAACGCGCCACGACUCGGCUUACACCUUCUUGGUCGACGCGAUCUUACGCGGGGAUCGUCGGUACUUUAUGAGCGUCGGAGACAUCUUGCACGCGUGGGCUCUCUGGAUGCCCGUCUUGGACCAAAGCGCGGUGCCCCGGGUGUACACCGACGCGACCACGGACGACGGCUUUUUGCACCUCUCUCGACCGCGCGCGUUGCACGACGACUUGUAG